GCCCGCGGCCGGGCGGGGCGUGCCGGAUGGGACGUCCCCCUUAGGGGCUUCCCGGCAGGUGUAAGCGGGGAUCUCCUAACGGGAAACGUGCAGCCUGAACAAAGAGAAAAGUGAAAGAUCGGUUUUAAAGGAACGCGCAAGUCUCUUACGGUGCAGCAGGCACAAGAACCAGGUAAGGGCCCGACUUCCGUAACAGCCUCUGAAAAAAGUCAGCGCCUGGCUCUUAAAAUGAGAAACAGGAGUGUGCAGAGGAGGCCUAGCGGUAUGCUUUGAGGACCGUUAUCACAAAUGACAGUACCCUGCUUGCUGAAAGUGAAGAGGACUUAAAGCACUUCCUGAUGAAAAUCAAAGACCACAGCCUUCAGUAUGGACUACACCUCAACAUAAGGAAAGAAAAAUCCUCACAACUGGACCAAUAAGCAACAUCAUGACAAACGGAACCAGCAGACAGGAAAUCAAACACCGUAUUGCAUUGGGCGGAGCUGCUGCAAAAGACCUCUUUAAAGUGUUGAAAAGCAAAGAUGUCGCUUUGAAGACUAAGGUGCACUGGACCCAAGCCAUGGUAUUUUCAAUUGCCUCAUAUGCAUGUGAAAGCUGGACAGUGAAUAAGGAAAACUGAAGAAGAGUUGAUGCCCUUGAAUUAUGGUGUUGGUGAAGAAUAUUGAAUUUACCAUGGACUGCCAGAAGGACAAACAAAUGUGUCUUGGAAGAAGUACAGCUGGAAUGCUCCUUAGAAGUGAGGAUGGUGAGACUUUCUCCCAAGUAGUUUGGAUGUGUUAUCAGGAGGGAUCAUCCACUGGGGAGGGACAUCAUGCUUGGUAGAGGGUCAGUGAAAAAGAGGAAGACCCUUAAUGAACUAGAUUUACUCCGUGGCUCCAACAAUAGGCUUAAACAUAGCAAUGAUUGCACGGAUGGUACAGGAUGAGGCAGAGUUUCAUUCUGUUGUACAUAGGGUCUGUACAUAGGAUCGCCUUGAAUCUGAAACGACUUAAUGAAACCUAACAAUAAUAACACAACAAUCUCAUCGAGUCAUCAAAACCUUGUGAGGUAACCAAUUCUCUUAUUGUUUCCAUUUUACAGAUGAUGCAAAAAUAACAGCCAUUAUUUAUUAAAGGAGCCCUGGUGGGGUGCCACAAUGAUUAAAGCCCACGGUUGCUGCGGUGCAGUGAAUUACUUACUAUGGCCCGUCUAGCCGUGGUCUUUGUGACUCACACACACUGAUCGAAGGGGACUAUGCAAAUAAGAAAGUAGACUGCAGUGCAUCGAAACACAUAACCUUGUUCUUACGUGUCAAAUUGGCGAUGAGGAUGGGAUUGGAAGUGAAAAGUGUUGGCUGCCCAUCUGAGACGGCAGAGGUCUAUCUAUGGAAAAUAGCGCCUAAGUCAAUUCGUUUUGCAUUGCUGAAUGAUCUCUCACAUCUGGUGAUGGAAACUGCCAUGGCCAAGAGAAACUGCUCAUUGGUGCCACUGCCCCAUCCUCCCCAGGGCAUUGGCCAUACUUGCAGGGGUGGAUUGUCAUCUGUAGUGAGCAAUUACACACUUUAUCGCCACAUGAAAGAUUCUGCUUCUAGGUAUGGUUGGCAUCUGUCUCUCUCCCAACCCCACAGCGCCUUCCUACAGAAUCAAAGCCUGUUUUCAAAUUUGCAAUAUCACUGACAGGGGCAGAUGACCCAGUAAGCAAGGUAAACAUGGGCUUACUUGUCCGUAUUUACUAAUCUGUAACAAAUAGAUUAGUAAGUAGUGAACUCGGUGUGAAAUAGUUCACUACAGGUUAGUAAGUACACACGAGUAAGCCUGUGCUUACCUUGCAUAUUGGAUAAUCCACUCCUGCAUACCAGCCAUACCUUAGAUACAUCUCUGAGAGACCCUGGUGACAGUUCCCUGGGACUGUGGUGGGCAGAAGGAUGCCUUUUACCUGAAGCUACAGUGACAUUGAAAGCAAGGGAAGUGCCAAGCCAAGAGGUGAGAAGAGAGUACAAACCAGUUGCAAAAACAAGAAGCAGACGUUAAAGCUGACAGGCAGAGAGAGUUCAAAGGUGAAAGCUGGGGCCUCCGGGUACUGGUGGACAAUUGGUCUUCCUAACCAGGAAGCUCUGCAAUGGAACGUUCUGGGAACUGGUGACAGUGGUCAGCUGCAGGAGCACUUGCAACAGCCCAGGCAGCCUGGGAGCUGGCAGUCGUGGUAGGAAAGGGCAUUCUAAGAGGAGUCCCAGGUUCAAUUCCUGGCCAGUGCAUUCACGCACAGACACCACCCGUCUGUCGUGGAGGCUUGUGUGUUGCUGUGAUACUGAACAGGUUUCAGCAGAGCUUCCAGACUAAGACGGACUAGGAAGAAAGGCCUGGCAAUCUACGUCUGAAAAUCAGCCAGUGAAAACCAUAUGGAUCCCAACAGCCUGAUCCGUAACCAGACACGGGGAUGGCGCAGGACCAGGUAGCGUUCAGUUCCAUUGUGCAUGUGGCUGCCACAAGUCAGGGCUGACCGGACGGCGUCUAACAACAACACAGAAGGGCAGCAGCAUCAACUCCCAGUUACCCCAGCGCCUUUUCCAGUGUUCUAGCAUUUUCUACUGGGUUGUGUAUGAGAGAAAACAAAAGCUCACAGGCUAAUGGGGAACAUAGAGGGAGGCUCCAAGCCCCACGGAGGACGAGAAAAGGAAAGUCUGGCGCUUGAGCACUGUAAACUGGAGGGUUUUGAAAAGAUCAAAGAGAUGUCUCAGCCCCUUUCAUCUGGUGGGCCUGUGGUGCAAGGAGGACACAGCCCGCUAGGUGGCAGCAGAGAACCAGUCAGUGGGCGUCAAGGUGUCCCAACCCUGGGGCGUCUAAACUCUGUUGGUCUGUUCUGUGCCAUCGAGUCAAUUCCAAUUCACAGCGACCCUAAAGGACAGUAGAAUGGCCCCAUAGGCUUUCCAAGGCUACAAUCUUUAUGGGGAGCACGGGUGGCACAGCGGUUAAGCACUCGGCUGCCAACCGAGAGGUCAGCCGUUGGAACCUCGGUAAAGAUUAAAAAAACCAACCAAACCUGUGGCUGUCUAGUUGACUGCGACUCAUAGUGACCCUGUAGGACAGAGUAGAACGGUCCCACAGGGUUUCCAAGGAGCAGCUGGUGGAUUCGAACUGCUCCUUAAGGCAGGUCUGAGCUGUCCCAAAGGGGUAACAGGUGGGCAGCAUCCUACUAACAGUUUUCACUCUUGUUACCAAGCUUAUUCUGUGCCAGACCCUGGGCCGAGCACGUGGGAAGCCUCACCUCCUUUAACCCACAACUCACCUAGGAAGGAGCCCCAGUGGCACAGUGGAUAAAGCCUUUGGCUGCUAAACAAAGGGUGGAUGAUUUGAGUCCACAAGCUGCUCAGCAGGAGAAGGAUGUGGCAGUCUGCUUCCGUAAGGAUUACAGCCUUGGAAACCCUAUGCGGCAGUUCUGCUCUGUCCUGUAGGGUCACUAUGAGUUGGAAUUGACUUAGCAAUGGGUUUGGGUUUUUGGUGAACGCAUGAAGCAGGUACUUCAUAAAAUUAGCCUCGCUUUAUAGAUGCUGACUCUGAGGCUCUGGAGUUUGUUUUGCUCCAGGUCACACAGAUUGAAGAGAUGGGAUCCAGGCAGUUUGGACUCUAGAGCCCCUGUUUUUAGCCUCAGGGCUAUACUGCCCUGAAGAAAAGGAAAAGGCAGUUGCUUGGAAAUGUUGGGAGCCCUGAUGGCAUAGUGGUUAAUAGCUUGGCUGCUUACCAAAAGGUCAGCAGUUUGAAUCCACCAGCUGCUCCUAGGAAACCCUAUGGGCCAUUUCUACUUUGUCCUAUAGGGUCAUUAUGAGUCGGAAUCCACUCAACAGCAACAGAUGUUGUACAGUUUAUUUGGUGGAAGUGUUGUAGGUGAGGGCAGGUGGCAGAGCAGACGGAGCCUGAGGCAGAGGCAGGUCUGAGGAUUGUGACCCCAGAGGGAAGCCAGCGGGAUUCUGGGAAGCAGGAUGUGGUUUUCCAGGCUGAGGAUAAACUGACCUUCUGAGGAACCUUUAUUUGAAGAGUCCAGACCCAGCCUACCAGGGGCUCAUAGCCCCGAAAGAACCUGGCACGUCAUAAACUGCAAACCUCUCAAAGACGCAACAAGGUACCUGUGUAAGGGUGUGUAAGGACUCCCUCCUUGAGCUCCAAGAAGCUACCGAGAUAGAGAGUAUGUCUUCACACAGGUCUUAGUGUCCCCAUUGUGUUGAGUUUGGUCCUCUAGCCCCCUCUGGGGGAGUGGAUGAUGCCAGCUGCCCUACAGUCUCCACCCAGGGCACACUCAAGCCCCCUGACUUAGUCCAUGUCACAGGGGACUUGAGGGAGACCUGAGGUCCAGGUCAGUGCCUCCUUCCUGGUGGUCUUGCUGCCAGUCAUCCCAGGGUCCAGUUUAGCUGUAGACUCCAGCUUAUUACAAGCCUCGGGCUCCUUGGCUCAGAAGUGCCUUCUCUCAGCCACUAGGACUCUCCGGGAGCUACCAGACAUGACCCAAGGUUCAGAUUGAAAUUGCUCUUCCCAAAGCCAUUGACACCAGGCACCUGUAUUAUUCAUGAUUGUCGUCUAAAAUCUCCGGACCCAGCUGCACGUCCAGGAACUCAGACUAAGUCGUGUUCCAUUGUUCUACCUCAGGGCCUUUGCCCUAUACUCUCUGUCUGGGAUGCUCCUCCGUCAUCUCUGCCUGGCUGGCUCCUUCUCAUCAUUUAGAUCUUUGCUUAAAUUUUUCCUCCUCAGAAAGGCUUUCCCUGUCCACUCAAUGCUUUCUAACCCACCACCUAACACACUGGGCAUUUGUUUUGUUUAUUUUACUUUUCUAUCUCAUAGAAUAUAAGCUCCACAAGUGUAGGGACUUGUCUGACUUUGUCACCCUGGAAUCCCCAAGUCUAUUACAGUCUCAGCAUGUAGCUGGUGCUUAGGAAAUAUUUGCUGAAUGAAUGGGUUGUAAGUUGGUGAUUCUAUCUCUGGCUAAUCUUCAACCUUUAUGGUUAUUAAUCAUUUCUUACUUUCUAUCUUCUUCUCCACUCACACUCCUGUCUCCCGCCUAAGAAGGACCAGUCCCCCCGCCCCGUUUUCUUUCUUGCCAAUUCCAGUGACCAUUAAACAAUAUAAAAGCACAUUGAUACCGCCCUCACACAGGACAGCUCUUGUCCACAGCCAAGGUGGAAGUGAAAACUGGAAAGCUUUGGGAUCCAGAAGGAGUGGGGCCCCAGAGCGCUAAGGGGGAGGGGACUUUAGUGACUGUCUUAGUCAUCUAGUGCUGCUGUAACAGAAAUACCACAAAUCAAUGGCUUUAAUAAAGAGAAGUUUUUUUUUCUCACAGUAAAGUAGGCUAAAAGUCCAAAUUCAGGGCGUUGGCUCCAGGGGAAGGCUUUCUCUGUCUCUGGAGGAAGGUCUUUCUCAUCAAUCUUCCCCUGGACUAGGAGCUUCUCUGCACAGGAACACUGGGUCUAAAGGAAAAGCUCUACUCCCGGUGCUCCUUUCUUGGUGGUAUGUAGUCCCCCUGCCUCUCUGCUCACUUCUCCCUUUUAUAUCUCAAGAGAUUGCCUCAAGACACAAUCCAGUCUUGUAGGUUGAGUCCUGCCUCACUCACACAACUGCCACCCAUCCUUCCUCAUUAACAUCAUAGAGGCAGGAUUAACAACAAGCAUACAGGAAAAUCACACAAUACCAGGAAUCAUGGCGCAGCCAAACUGUUACACACAUUUUUGAGGGGACAUAAUUCAAUCCACAACUGUGACCAUUUAAUCUAAGUCCUCGGCUGAUGAGGACUCUCAUGUUCCGGCAUUCUGGUGGGUAUUUGUUUUGUUGUUUGUCCACAACGGUGUGCUGGGGAGCGAAGACGACUGUUGUGUCCUGUAUUGUACCUGGCAACCUUUGGGAGAAAGGUCCAGCAUUUAAAAUAAAUGGCUUCCCUAGGGAGAAACAUUGGGAUUUGGGGAAAACAGGUCAGAGUGAGCUGUGACUUUUUGAGGGGAGGGAUGAAAUCGGUUCUUUCAUGCCAAUUAGGCAAUCACAGAUGACCAUGUCAGAACUCCAAGCUCGUGAUUAUCAUGGGACUCAAGACCAGGGGAAAAAAAAAAAAGUGAGGUUAAGAGCCAGCGACGCAGUCUUCCCAUACCACCAGCCAGCAGACGGGAGGGUGUCUCAUCAAGAAAGGUGUCCUGACUCCACAAGAUGCCGAGAGAAGAUGUUCACCUCAUACAUGGUUACCCCAGGAAGGGAUACCACCACGCCUCCAUCACAGCUGAAGAGGCCGUGGGGGUUGGCAUCCUGACGGUGAUCCUGGGGAUCUUACUGCUUCUUGGCUGCUGGUAUUGUAGAAGACGAAGCGGAUACCAGACCUUGAAGGACAAAAGCCUUCAUGCUGGUGCCCAGAGUCCCCUGACAGGAAGAUACCCCCACGAGGAAUCUGCUCAUCAGGACAGCAAACUGCUGUUUCAAGAGCACAACUGUGGACCCGUGGUCCCCAAUGCUCCACCUGCCUAUGAGAAACUCUCUGCGGAACAGUCUCCCCCACCUUACUCACCUUGAGAGCCAGCAUGGGACCUGAGAGACGCUCAGAGGACUGGCUCCACGCUUCAGCUUGAAUUCAAUCUAGACGACUCGUGUUCUGCUUUGGAAUGCCGUGGGGACAGUGUGCAUCACCCCCCCAUACUAAAGUUAGUGUCCGAUUCUUAGGAGAGCAACUAGCAAUACUAACCAAGCAAGGAAGUUAUGAGAAAUAUUAAACUGGGAAAAACUUUGUCAAUAAACCUUGUCACGCAUGAUACUCUCUGUGCCAGUAGUAAUUGCGAAUAAAUCCAUGGUGUUAUUUUCUGAGGGGUAGAAUUCAAGUAUGGUUCCCUGGGUGGUGCAAACGGUUAGGUGCUUGACUACUAGUUGAAAGGUUGGCGGCUGAAAGACAGAGGCAACUUGGAAGACAGUCCUGGUGAUCUGCCUCCAAAAGGUCACAGCCUUGGAAACCCUAUGGAGCACAGUUGUACUCCCCACACGUGGGGUCGCCAUGAGUUGGAAUCAACUGGACAGCAACCACCACCACCACCACCACCACCAUCCAGGAAGAGAACUUUAAAACAAUAAAGAUCAUAUAUAUAUACAUGAGCUGUUGUAAGAACUCUGUAAAAGUUAUAAUAUUAACCUCAAUAAAUUUUGGUUUAAAAAAAUACAAAACAUCCCCCCGCACACAUACACACACAAAGACACCUCCAACAAAACCUUUUUAAAAAUUAGUUUAAAAAUUUGGUUGAACUUCAUAGAUGGACUUCAACCAAACCAACCAGUUGCCAUCAAGUCGAUUCCGACUCAUAGCGACCCUACAGGACAGGGUACAACUGCCCCAUAGAGUUUCCAAGGGAGCGCCCAGUGGAUUCGAACUGCUGACCUUUUGAUUAGCGACCGUAGCACUUAACCACUACACCACCAGGGUUUCCAUGGAUUGACUUAGGAAGGCAAUGUUUUGCAACCAUUUGUGUCUUGUUUUUCAAUUUCUUUUCAACCUUUCAAAUUUUUGUUCAUGAGUUUUUGCUGUUGAAACGUUUCUGAUUUUUAUCUAGUCAAAUAAAAGUUUUCCUAAAUGAAAAGCGCUUUCCUCUAUCCUCAGUCUAUGUCCCUCUCCAUCGAUGGGCAAUUGCCACAGCGUGAUGCUGGGUGGGGUGUGGCAAAGGGGGGGAUGUUAGUGAUUCCCUGACUGAGCCACUGCACACCUAAAAGAAAAAAAGAGUGAACCAA